AGUGAGACUCAAACAGUUGUUGUCACUGAGCGAGAGGUGAGAUGGCGCUGAGAGGAGUUCAGCUGGACCGGGAAAACUUCUCUUGUUCCAUCUGUCUGGAUCUACUGAAGGAUCCGGUGACUACUCCCUGUGGACACAGCUACUGCAUGAACUGUAUUAAAAGCCACUGGGAUGGAGAGGAUGGUAAGUACAGCUACAGCUGUCCUCAGUGCAGGAAGACGUUCACACCGAGGCCUGUCCUGCUGAAAAGCACCAUGUUAGCAGAUUUAGUGGAGGAGCUGAAGAAGACUGGACUCCAAGCUGCUCCUGCUGAUCACUGCUAUGCUGGAGCUGAAGAUGUGGCCUGUGAUGUUUGCACCGGGAGGAAACUCAAAGCCAUCAAGUCCUGUCUGCAAUGUCUGGCUUCUUACUGUGAUCAACACCUUCAGCCUCAUUAUGAUGUAGCUCAGUUAAAGAAACACAAGCUGGUGGAGCCGUCCGAGAAGCUCCAGGAGAACGUCUGCUCUCGUCAUGAUGAGGUGAUGAAGAUGUUCUGCCGUACUGAUCAGCAGCUUAUC